AUGUCGCAAAAACCGCGAAAACUCCAACGAGUCUCCAAGGCUUGCGACUUCUGCAAUAGACGCAGCAUCAAAUGUGGCAGCAGUGGGGAUCCGCUGGGUCGUUGUCAAAAUUGUGUGGAUUUCGAUGUUCCGUGCACUUUUGAUCGCCCGGCUAAACGCCGUGGAGUGAAGGCUGGUACAAGGGUGAACACCCGAGAUACGCCAAUCGCACACCCGGUUAUCGAUCGAGCUUCAAUGAGUAGCGGGAACCCUCCAGAGAGGGCAUCGGAUUCUUCAGCUUCUAGGAGCUCGUUUACUGCUGACUCCGUGUCGCGCCCGUUGUUUACAGGGGACCCCUGGUCUUCUUUCAACAGUGGAUGGUCAACGACCGAAGGAUAUGAUGAUGAUGGCGCACUGCGCAAUUCUUGGAAAGCUUUUGCCAUUUCUUGUGACCAACAGAUUCGCAAUCUCGUUCAAGUUUAUUUCGAGAUUGUUUAUCCAAUAUUUCCCUUGUUUCAUAAACCAUCAUUUAUAGAAAGAAUCAACAACCAGGAACAUCUUCAGAACCAGAGCUUAUUUGCCUCAACAAUGGCGGUUUGUUCGUUGGUAUCCGCUCGAGUCCGUGAUGGAGCAUUGUACACCAACCGAUGGCAUCGAGAGGAACUAUCAAAACCACCCUCGGAGGCUUUCUUUGCAGCUGCCAAAGAUUCCCUUCCUCGGGAUCUUGCUGCUGCUAAGGAAUUCAAUUACAUGCGUGCUUGUGCGAUACUUGCGAUCGCCAGCAUUCAAAACGGCAAAAUUAAAAAUAUGCAGAAAUAUUCCGGCAUGUAUCAUACUUUAACAACAAUGGAAGGCUUCCAUGAUGAGAAGCUGUGGCCAAAGGACAUCAGUCCCAUCGAUAUUGAAGAACGUCGAAGAUUGUUCUGGUCUAUUUAUACCCUGGAUAUUUACUCCACGAUUGUAUGGGGAGGUGUGAUUCGAUACCGAGAGGCCCAUUCUCUCGUUCGAUACCCUAGUGAGGUGGACGACGAAUUCAUCACCCAACACGGCUACGGAACGCCCUCUGUUUUCCAGGAAUCUGCCCCCAGGCAGGGUGAGGUGCCUAUUGUUUCUCGGCAGCCCGUAUCUUGGAUGCAUGGGUGGAAUUUUACCACCGAUCUUUAUCGCAUUCUGGAACACGUUGUUGACGGCACUCGCCGCAAGUUGUCCUCCGCUAAUGGUACCCAGGAAGUGUGGUCGCUUUUCAGUCCGGCUUAUAUGUCAGAGCCGACAGUCAUGGAGCGAGUGCUUUCCAUGUAUGCUGCACUGCCCCCACAUUUCCGAGAGACACCUCCCACCACUGGUGAUGAGAGUCACGAUCUGUUCGGCUUCCAAUCUGCAAACAUCCAGGCGACUUUACAGCUUCUUCGGAUGGUUCUUUUGUCAGCUGAGGAGGUCGGAGUGGACAGGAAGUGUGAUGUGGCUGGCGAGUUGUUGAAUGUGUUUUCGAACGUGCCGGUGGAAUAUUUGAGAGCCAUCAGCUCUCCUUUGCUCCAUCAUUUGGGAGGAAUCGGAUAUAUUCUCGGGUCAGUCAUGGAAGGCAGUCUAUCAGACGCAUCGUACCAACGCGUCCGUAGCUUACUUCUUGAAAUGGCCAGUCUUCUCCACCGCCUCGAAGUUGGUCUGCAUCGUGCCGCUGGUGCCAGUGAACGUCUCCGGUCACAAGUGGACCGAAUAGAUGGCUACAUGCGCACUUCAAGAUUAGUCGGUGUCUCUGAUAUUCCCCCAUCAUCGAAUGGGCCGAAUGAAACCCUUGUUCCGAUCGACGUAAAGCCCGUGAUUCAUUCCUCGGGGUAUCUCUCAGCACCACAACCGGUUGUAUCGGCGGGGCCGAUCAACAACCACAUGCUGCAGUUCCAAUUACCGCCAGAGCUGCUGACAGGCUGGCCAUGGUCGCUGGACAAUUCUCACUCCGAGGGCUUUUUGCCAUUGGCCUUUGAAUGA